UAAACAUAUGAUCGCCAUAUUCUUGUAUUCGUCCGUGGGAGUGUCGGAGUUGUUAGAAAGUAUUAAAAGUUCUUGAACAGAAAUGUUUUGAUAGUGCGCUCUUUCUGUAGCUAAUUUAUUUUUGGCUCGUAGGAGCUGAUUUAGAAGCAUAUCUGUAUGCAUUUAGCUUUCUACUCUUGGCUAUUGCUUUCAUAUAAUUGUUUCUGCUCCGAUAUGGGAGAUAAUAGAAACACCGGCAAUUGUAACGACAGCCAGCCGUACGUAGUAGGCAUCCUCUCGCCGUCGACUACCCUGUAUAUCGACCAAAUGCCUUCGGAUAACGGAAAUUUGCCAGCACCGCCGACCGAUUUAAAUCUGUCUCGAAGAAAUACGAAUUCUUUUCAAAUAACAAGUGUAACUGUUCAGGGUUCACGCAAGAACGAAGAUUUUGCUUAUGACAGCGCUGACGACUUGGAUGAAAGUCACACUGAUGACCUGAGUUCUGAUUUUUUGGAUUCAUCGCGUGCUGAUAAUGAAGGAUACCACUCGGAAGAUUUCGUAGAUGACUUGCAGUCACCUUGUGGACCCAUCAUAUUCGCCCAGUUGCCUACUAAUAUCAUGGAUCGGAAUAUGAAUCUGAGUCUUGGUGUCACUCCGACUUACACCGCUAUCGGUCCGGUCGCAGGUGGGGUGACCAUGAUGACCAGUAAGUCCGAAAGUCCAAUCAGCGCUCAAGUGCCAAUCAUGAACCCUUUGCCGAACAACUGGCAAAGAAGAUUCAAAGUCGUGAAAAUUAUGAGCAGCGAGCCUUUCAAACGAGGAAGGUGGAUCUGCAUGGAUUUUAAGGAUCCGCCGACUGAUGAGCCCUCUAAACCUGAGAACCAGAAUGGGACAGUUACUCCCCCGACCAUACAGAUCACCAAUUGUGAUCCGGAGGGUGUUCAUGCCGAUAAUUAUGCUCAAGUGUACGAAAUUCCCAUCAAUCAAACUUUCAGUGGUAAUUUUGUAAUGGGCACCCAGCACAUGUAUGGAAUAAUUCUUCCCCAGGCAGAUCACCUGCAGCCUGUCACUCUGAUCCAAGAUAUGAGCUUACAGACCACCGGGGUGGAUCAGAACUUUAACAAUAACUUGGUGAACAACCAGAGCAUAUUUGUACAGUCUGUACCUGCUGAUGCUUAUGCCAAUGCCAUGCCUUAUCCUCAACCCGUAGCGAUGGUUGUCAAUAACGGGAUUCCCAAUCAAUCUCCACCACAGACUGCUGUUUAUGAUAAUGCACCUGAAGCCGUCCUAAACCAAAGUAAUGUGCUUGUAAAUAAUAUUGUUGGUGAUGCUGCUGCUGGUUUGACCGCAUCUCGGGUCAGGACUAACUCUGAAUCUAAAAGGAUUGAACUUGCUAAUCACGUGCUUGGUGGUGCUAUUAAACCAAGCAUGCCUACGGAGGAAACUGAAAGUGUCUCCUAUCUUGAUAAUGAACUAUCAAGAGCUUCUGCUGGCCUUCUGUCUCGCAUUGUGCCUUCUGCUGUAUCUGUGUUUGGUGCCAAUGAUUGUUGCUGCAGUCCACCCCCGUCACCGAAGAUCCUUGCCCCGGUUGUGGUACCCAUGCCACCGCCUAUUGCCAUGGUGCCACCGACACCCAUUCCUGUCGUCAGCAAUACUGUUGCCUCCAGUGUGGUUCCGAUACCUGCCACUUGUGCCGACAUUAACAGUUCCCAAACUGCCCCCGAAAAGAUUCCUUCUGAGGUUGGACAAGAGGUUGAUCCCUCAACAGGAAGUGCUGCACCUACAGGAGCAAAUACUGUUGCAAUAGACAAUAAAAUAGAACAGGCAAUGGAUUUGGUCAAAAGUCAUCUUAUGUUCGCAGUGCGCGAAGAGGUGGAGGUGCUUAAAGAAAAAAUAACUGAGCUUCUUGAAAGGAUCUCUCAGUUAGAGCACGAGAAUGAUAUUCUUCGUGCAAAUGCAUCUGCAGAGACUUUGAUGCAACUGAAUAACCAAUUCCAGAAAAAGCCAGCUAAUGGAGGACCUGCUAAGCAACAACCAGUGGCAACUGUUUUACCCUCUUCUACUUAAGAUAAAGCAAGCUAUGCGUUAUCGAGAUUAUUAGACGAGAUGUUUGCUAGCAAUACCUCAGUUUACCCUUGUUGGUGGUUGACUGAUAAAAAAAAAUUACUUUAAAUGAGAGAGAAAAUUUACAUAUACAUCCCUUUUUCAGUUUAUUUAAAAUCCAUCAGAAUGUGCUAUUUCCUUCAUAAUUGAAGUGGUCUCACUUUAUUGUUUAAGUAUUCAGUGGUAAGACAUGUGUAGAAUGGUGUGAGUAUUUAAGAGAAUGGGUGGAUGAGAAGAAAGAGUCACAUUAAGCUUUAAAUUGGUUAAUUCCUCGCUUGUGGCAUCAUUGUUAUUGUUCAUGUUAAUGAUGCUGUUAAUUACUGUUUAUAUCGGUUUAAAAUGAAAUUUAUUAACUGACUUUUCUUUUUCCUUGGCUUGAUUUCUUGCCUAAUCAUUACUAGCCAAAAUAGAAUGUGUUGUGUAUCAUCAAGAAAUUAAGUCAAGCUANUUUUUUUUUUUUUUUUUUUUUUUUUUUUUUUAGUAUUUAAAAAUUUCCCAAUUUAAAGCUUGUGUCAUUCUUGUGUGAUAUACAUUAUGUCUAUUUAAGUUACGUGCCAAGUUUUGUCCACUGAAUCUUGUAUUUUUUGUGAUUUUAACACUUUUUAUUGAUGAGUCGUUAUUGAGGGGAUGAACCCCUUAAAAAUAUUAAGCUUAUAACUUAAUUGUUGUACCUGAACAAGGGGAAACUUAGGUAUUGAUGCACAUAACCAAAUUAAAUGCUUGGGAAAGGUUAUUUUAUUAUGUUGAUGGACAUAUGUUUGCAUUUUAGCUCUUACAACUGUUGAUGCUUGAUUACUGCCAUGCAUUUUAAGUUAAGAAAAAUCAGCUUUUAUUUUUAUUUCAUCCUUCAUAUUAAAAUGCUUUUCUUGAGUAUCGAAGAAAAGAAGCAUACUCGUUCUCCGAUCGUAGACCUUAAGUAAUGCUACUUAAAUCAUGCUAAGCUACAUUAGGAGCUAGUUUGCUGUUAAAGUAGUUGGUAUUUUGAAAAAAAAUAGACCUUUUUCUGCAAAUUGAAAAAAAAAAUUCACUUGUAAGGAUGUAUUGAUAAUAUGUAAGAAAACUGUUCUACCGGAAAGGAAUUUUUCCUGUAUGUGAUAUUGGAGUGAUAACUGAAUUGAAAUCAUGAAUGAAAUGUACCAAAAAAAUAAUAAUAAAAAAAAUGGCAAGUAUGCUUCAAUUACUGUUGACCGGUGCUGGAUAAGUGAUGGAAACUCACUAGUUGUGGCAAUGCCACUGAACUUGAGUAUUGUAGAAACUUCAAUGGAUUAUUUACCGAAAGGCAACACCAAAGUUGUGUUUUUAUGUUAAAAUUGUCACGUGAUGUCCUUCUCUUCUCAAACCAUAAAGAAGUGUGUCAGAUUUCUUGUAUAUCUGCUAGGUCUUGUGACAAAUUCUUAUAUUUCCACAAAAUAUUGCUGUUCGAGUCACACAUGAAUACAGUUUUUUUUAAACCUAAAAUGUCAAUGUAUUGCUCUAAAAUUAUGUAUUUUAAACUAUUAACCCAGUUGUAUUUUUAAUAUCACAUUGAUUUGCCCCUUCAUGCUGGUUGUAUGUUCUGUUUUUAAAUGAUUAUUUUUUGUCUCUUGCAAAGCAAUGUUCUGUGAUACUUAAACCUUCUAUUAAGUUUGUCAAGUCAGGUAAAAAAAGAUAAUAUUUAUACAAAAACUAUAAAGUUUUUUUUUUCUUCUUUUUUUUUAUUUUUACUUUUUAUAUAUUUUACUGAAUGAACAUUGUCUUUCCUCUGUGAACUCAAAUGAAAUGCUCUGCUUGGAGAUCUUGGACUCUGUUUCUAAUAUAUAUACUUACUAUACAUAUUGAGUGAAAUUGUUAAAUGAAAAAAGUUUAAAAGUUGUAGUAUGCUUCAUUAAUAUACCUUUGCAAUAUAUAAUAUACCAAUUUGGUAUGAUAGUCUCAUGCCUGUAUAUGCAGCUGCUACAGUGGACUCAUUGUACAUAAUCAUACUGAAGCUAAUCUCUUAUGUGUUUGUGUAUUCUCCACUGGCAAGCAUAAGAAAAAAAAUAGUUUUAGAUUGUUACAAGCGAUUAGAAUUGUUUAUUUUUUUAUUAAAAGCACAAAACACUUAUGUGCCAUAUAAGAUAUAAUCAAGAUGGCAUUAAAUAUUGAAUCCUAUUGCAGUGGGCCUCUGUGUCUUGCUGAAAUAGUUACAUUUUGCCUGUUAAAUCGAAAAAUUUUUGCAUUUAAAAAUACAGUAUUCUAAAUGCCAUGAUAUAUGAAUAUAUAAGGCUUUGAAAAGGGUAUGCGCACAACUUUGAACAAAGCAAAUGUUCAGUAAGUACCUGAUGUUUUCAUAAGCUUUAUAAUGUGAUAUAAAUACUAUUUUGAAGAGGUUGUUUCCUUUUCCUCUCUUUUUGCCUUAUUCAAGCUUCAUCGGAAGCUGAUAUUUUCAUCAAAAGGUGCCUGAACUUAUAUCCUACUACAUAGCAAAUUAAUUGUUUUCAAAUUUUUCAUCAUUGAUGAAUUUUGGAAGAUGCUAAAAAGUCAUGAAAAUAGCCCUCAAAUACUAGAUUUCAUGAUUUAUCCGAAGAAUGUAUAAAUUUUUCCUGAAACAAGAGGGUAACUGUUUCAGCAGGUACAUAAGAAGACACAAAAUGUUCAAAUAUGUUUUCUUUUUCUCGCUAUUUAUUUCAAAGGUGGUCAUAUAAUGAGGCAUACUACUUGAGCAUUUUAAGAUAUAAAUUGUUAUAAAGGGUUUAAAGUUUCUAAUUGCAUGCAAGCUCAUAAGUUGCAAUCGAAACAUGCGAUUAUCUAAGACUGUGUAUUGUGUAAACUUAACUCUUGGUGUACGGUCUUAAUUAACAUUGCUAAGAACUUCUCUGCAGAUGUAGUGAAUACUAAAAUCUUUACUAGGCAUGAUUUAUUUCAGAGGAAGCUAGAAAUUUAUUUUUGUGACGAGCCUUCACUCGGCAUUCAUACUUUAGGGGUACACUGUAAUGUUUGUUACCAUGUUGCAGAAAUAGAUGUGUUGUCUUUCCUAUUAAAUGUAAAAGAAGAUAUGAUUUAUUCCAUUAUUGUACAUAUGUGAAAUAAAAGUAAUCUUGUUUGUUA